UUUUUUCCUCAUAAUGUUUUUCGCAAGGGCUUAUGUUUGGUUUUAUCUCUUCCUUGGAAAAUCCUAGACAUAUGCAGGCAUUUUAGGCACUCUCUUGAGUAUCUGCCUCUUCUGCAGCAACCAGUGGGUAAUCUUCCAUUAGGUACAUGGGCAAGAGAAGUUGGUGGAAGGGCAAGCAGCCGUGUAUUGUUAACAUUAUACAGCAGAGAUCCCCUUAGUUCUGCUCUUAAAUUACUAAUAGAAGGUCAGAUAAGUUCAAUACCUAUCCUUGAUGAUAAUGGAGCCCUUAUAAAUGUGUACUCUCGGAGUGACAUUACCUCUUUGGCGAGAGGCAAUGUGUAUGCUCGCUUUCGGCUUGACCAGAUGACAAUGGCCCAAGUCCUGGAGGUCAUAGAUGAAGUAUCUCGUGAUCGUUGUAGGACAUGCACACGUUUCGAUUCACUCUAUAAGAUAAUGGAGCUCAUUUCAGAUCCAAUUGUCCGGCGCAUUGUGGUUAUUGAUCCCAAUUCCCGGCAGGUAGAAGGCAUAAUCACUUUGAGAGACGUGUUUAAUCUUCUUUUAAGCUGA